GGGGCGGGGAGGUAGAAGUCUCAUUAGGGCUGCCGGGCGGCCACCGGAGCGCUCCUAGCGUACGGGCCGAACCCGCCCAGAGCUGCUGGAGGCGGAGCAGGAGCCCCGGUGUCCCACCGCUGAAAUAGGGGGAGGGUCCCCCUUGCUCCUAACUCAGGUGGCCGCUGCUUGCCGGGCGUCCUGCUGUACCGAGCCAGCGCCGCCUGUGAUUCUUUUUCACAGAGUUUGAAGAGCUUGGGACAUACUUGCCAGCUGCCCACUGAUCCCCUGUGGCAUCUCGCUUUCAGCUUAACUGAAAUCUGCAAAAAUUCUCUGCUGCAAGAAAACAAGGGUGAUGUCAUCAGAAGAUGAUGCUGGCGGGGAGGCUCCUGGAGGCAGUUUCUGGGAGGCUGGAAACUACAAGCGGACAGUGAAGCGUGUGGAUGAUGGGUACCGACUCUGCAAUGACUUAAUCUCCUGCUUCCAGGAGAGAGCCAAGAUAGAGAAGAAUUAUGCCCAGCAGCUAACAGAGUGGUCCCGUAAGUGGAGGACCAACGUGGAGAAAGGUCCACAGUAUGGUACUCUGGAGAAGGCCUGGCAUGCCUUCCUGACUGCAGCAGACAAACUGAGUGAAAUUCACUUAUCUGUCCGAAACUGCCUGGCUGGUGAAGACUCGGAUAAGAUCAAGGCCUGGCAAAAGGAGGCCUACCACAAGCAGAUGAUUGGAGGCUUCAGAGAGACAAAGGAGGCAGAGGAUGGAUUUCGCAAGGCCCAGAAACCCUGGGUGAAGAAGAUGAAAGAUGUGGAAACUUCCAAGAAAAACUAUCAUGCAGCCCGGAAGGAGGAGAAAACAGCCCAUACAAGGGAGAACCAUGCCAAGGCAGACGCAUCUGUCUCGCAGGAGCAGCUGCGCAAGUUGCAGGAGCGUGUAGAGAAGUGCACUCAGGAGGCUGAGAAGUGCAAGGAUCAGUAUGAGAAGAUGCUGGAAGAGCUGAAUCGCUACAAUCCCCGCUACAUGGAGGAUAUGGAGCAAGUGUUCGAGGGCUGUCAGGAGGCAGAGCGCAAGCGUUUGUGCUUCUUUAAGGAGAUCUUCCUGAAUCUGCACCAGCAUCUCAACCUCUCCACCAAUGAAAGCUUUCAUGCGUUGUAUCGAGAUCUCUACCAAGUCAUCAUGGCUGCAGACAACCAGGAGGACCUGAAGUGGUGGCGCAACACUCAUGGACCAGGCAUGGCAAUGAACUGGCCUCAGUUUGAGGAAUGGUCCCUUGAAACACAGAGGCCUAUCACCAAGAAGGAGAGAAGUGGCAAGAUGGCUGAUGAUGUCACACUGACCAGUAUUUUGCCUACACAGGAUGGGAUUGUCUCUCAGACCCCUUUACACACAAAGCAAAGGUUUUCCUAUCAAGAGGAGCAGAACAGCCUCUUCCAUGACAGCCUGAGGGCACCCACACAUGUGAACGGAUUGAAGGAAGACAUUUCAGAGUGGUCAGAUGAGGACACUCCCAAGAAGUGCCUGGAUGCCAAUGGGCAUGAGGAGGACAUAAAGGUACCAGGUGUACGGGUACGAGCACUGUAUGAUUACACCGGACAGGAGGCUGAUGAGCUGAGCUUUAAAGCAGGUGAAGAACUAAUGAAGAUCAGUGAGGAAGAUGAGCAGGGCUGGUGCAAGGGCCGCCUUCUUAAUGGCCAAGUUGGACUCUAUCCUGCAAAUUAUGUUGAGAAGGUUGGAUCAUGAUUCCUACUGCCCUGCUCACAGCCGUACCAGCAUCUCCUGCAGAGGUCACCGGGUCCCAGCUGGCCCCAAUCCACCUUUGCAGCAUAUCCAGUAACUUCUGGACUUGGAGGGCAUGUAUUCCAUGUACCUAGUGCUUCAUUUUAAAUGCCUAGACCUGUAGGGAUUUUCUAAUAAAUAAACAAGGGAUGAAUAAAGACUUCUCUGGCUGGGCACUGUAGGGGUGUAGAAAGGAACAGGGCCUCAUGACUUGCACUUCAUUAAAGGAGAUGUGAUGCUUCCAACUCUUUAAAGUGGAGAAAGCAGACUUCCUCAGCUUCACUGUCCAUGGUGAACACUCAGGGCAGAGCAAAGACCACUUUUCCCUUCUCAGUUUUCUUUACUAUUCAUGUCAGAAUUGCACUCCCUGCUUUGCCAAUGACUCUUCCACGGUGACAAAAGGUAGGACAGUGGAAGCUACCUUCCACAAUAGUAGCCAGAGAGGCAUAGCUCUUCUGCUUCUGAAUUGCUGCAGGUGUACUUAUGCCCACUUGUUAAGCAAGGUUCUCCCCUCAGGGUGAACCUAACAAACCUCUUUAUCCUAUCUUUCUGUCUUGGGAAGCCUUGGAGGCUGCUGAGACAGAGUGGAGUCCUGAUCCAAGAGCUUUGUGUAUUCAGACAUGGAGAUUGAUGGAAGUAUCCUGUAUAUGGUAAAUCCAAGAGCUUGAGGGAGCACAAAAAGCUCUCAUUUCUUGAAAUAAAAAAAGCAAACAAAAUA